GAGUUUUAAUGGUGAGCCGAGGUUCCAGUCUCUCCCAGUGUGCUGCAAGAGCCGGUAGCGACCACAACUUGCAGAGCUGACAUUCGUCGGUCCCUCCCACACUUGACGUCGCUCUGUGCUUCCGGGUGGAGCUUUUCCCGAGGACUGCUCCAUUCGAGGUGUGAAACUGCUGCGAUAGCGCUUCUGAAGACCGCUCAAUGCCAGCGCCUCUUCUUCGAUAAUGUCGACCCAGGCCUACUACAAGGAUCGUCUUGGCUUCGACCCGGCGGAGGCCCUCAACGAUGGCAUGGCCUACGGGAAAACGCAACAGGGCUACGAGGAGAGCUUAACAAAGUUCAAAGACGAACGAGAUGCAAUCCAGAAGAAAACGUUCACGAAGUGGGUCAACAAGCACCUCAAGAAGGCGAGUCGUCAUGUUGGUGACCUAUUCGAAGAUCUCCGUGAUGGCCACAAUCUUAUCUCCCUGCUGGAAGUCCUUUCUGGGGAGCAUUUGCCAAGAGAACGUGGCCGCAUGCGUUUCCAUAUGCUGCAAAAUGUUCAGAUCGCACUUGAUUUCUUACGAUAUAGAAAGAUUAAACUUGUAAAUAUACGUGCAGACGAUAUUGUUGAUGGAAACCCCAAACUUAUCCUGGGCCUCAUAUGGACAAUCAUUCUGCACUUCCAGAUAUCCGACAUUGUAGUGGGCCAGGAGACAAACAUUUCAGCGAGAGAUGCACUGCUGAGAUGGGCACGCAGAUCGACGGCAAAAUAUCCAGGCGUCCGCGUCUCCGACUUUACAUCCUCCUGGAGGGACGGGCUGGCAUUCAAUGCUCUCAUUCACCGCAACAGGCCAGACCUUAUUGAUUGGCGCUCAAUUCGUUCAAGAGUUGUGAGAGAACGUCUCGAAACUGCUUUCACAGUAGCCGAGAGGGAGUAUGGCGUAACAAGACUUCUUGAUCCUGAAGAUGUUGACACACCUGAGCCAGAUGAGAAGUCUCUCAUCACAUACAUAUCAUCACUUUAUGAUGUGUUCCCAGAACCACCCCCAAUUCAUCCACUUUAUGAUUCAGAAUCUCAACAGAGGCUAUCUGAAUAUCGUGAACUGGCCAGCAGUCUGCAUUUAUGGAUGAGAGAAAAAAUUUCAGUUAUGUUGGAUCGCACAUUUCCAAGCACUCUCAUAGAAAUGAAGAAACUUGCCGCAGAAUCGAAUCGAUUCCGAUCAGAUGAAAUUCCACCUAGACAGCGAGAUAAACAGAAACUGCACUUAAUCUACAGGGAACUUGAGAAAUAUUUCGAAGCUGUUGGAGAAGUAGACAUUGAAUCUGAACUUCAGUAUGAGGUUAUUGACAAGAACUGGAACAGACUGAUGAUUGCACACCAGGAUCGUGAUCAUGCCAUCCUCGAAGAGAUAAAACGACUAGAAAGACUGCAAAGACUUGCUGAGAAAGUGCACCGUGAAGUUAAGCAAGUUGAUUCUCGUCUGGGCGAGCUCGAGGUACGUGUUGAAGAAGAAGCUCGUCGUCUGGACCGCCUGCAUCCUCUUGAUGCAAAACAUAAUGUCGAUUUACUGGAAACGGAGCUGAGAGGUACAGAGGAUGCCAUCAACAGCAUGUUCACAGACACACAAGUCCUGCGUGAAGGACGGUACCCUCAGGCACCGGAAUUGCAUAAGAGAGUCCAGAAACUCCAUCAACGUUGGGUUUCCCUAAGGCAAUUGGUACAUACCCAUCUGGUUUCUCCUCUUGCAUCAUUAUCAUUCCCUGUAGAAGAACGAACUGUAACUAGACAGACACGCACUGUGUUGGAGACAAGACUUGUUGAUACAAAUGUGCAUUUUAGACAGCUUCAAGAAUGCUCUGAAUGGUGUCGUUCUAAAUUGAAACAACUACAAGAUGCUGAAUAUGGAUCUGAUUUACCAAGUGUCCAAAAUGAACUUGAACUCCACCAGCGAGAACAUAGAAUCAUUGAGCAGUUUCAGACAAAGGUUGAGCACUGCUCAUUAGCAAAGAGCAAUUUCCAUGGUGAAGAGCUGCAACUGUACAAUCAGCACCUCGGACAAUUACAAAAGCUUUAUAAUGAACUGCUGGUCACUUCUAAUAAACGACUGUCUGAUCUAGAAGUGCUACAAGACUUCCUCCAAUCAGCCACAAAUGAGCUGGUCUGGUUGAAUGACAAAGAAGAAACAGAAGUUACAAGAGACUGGAGUGAUAAGUCGCUUAAUGUACCUGCUCUGGAACAAUAUUAUGAGUCCCUCAUGAGUGAGUUGGAGAAACGAGAGAUACAGUUCAGUGCAGUACAAGAUCGAGGAGAGAGCUUGGUUCUGCAGCACCACCCAGCAGCAAAGUGUAUAGAGGCAUACAUGGCUGCUAUGCAGACUCAGUGGGCUUGGCUACUGCAAUUGACACUUUGUCUGGAGACUCAUCUCAAGCAUGCUGCCCACUACCAGCAGUUCUACCGUGACUUGCAUGAUGCUGAAGCGUGGAUAGCCAAGCGAGAUGAAUUGCUGAACACGAUCUACAGUAAGUCCGAUUUCACACUGGAUGAAGGUGAACGUUUACUGAAAGGAAUGCAAGAACUCCGUGAUGAGCUUAACCAAUACACUACUGUAAUACAAAGGAUAGCUGAGAGAGCCACAGAAAUAAUUCCUCUCAAGCAACGAAGACAGCCUGUAACACGCCCCACAGCUGUGACUGCAGUAUGCUCGUACAAACAAGUCAAUAUUAUUAUUGAGAAAGGGGAGAAAUGUGUCCUCCAUGAUAAUUCUGGAAGAGUCAAGUGGCGAGUCAGCAACUCUUCAGGGCAAGAGUCUACUGUACCUGGUGUGUGCUUCCUGAUCCCUCCUCCAGAUAAGGAUGCAAUUGAUGCUGCCGAUAGGUUGCGGCGACAGUUUGAUCGUUCAACUGCCCUUUGGCAAAAGAAGCAACUUCGCAUGCGGCAGAAUAUGAUCUUUGCCACAAUCAAGGUUGUCAAAAGCUGGGAUCUGGCACAGUUCUUAGCAAUGGGCCAAGAACAACGUUCAGCUAUUCGUAAAGCUCUGAAUGAAGAUGCAGACAAACUACUGCAGGAAGGUGACCCUGCUGAUCCACAGCUGCGACGCCUCAAGAGAGAAAUGGAAGAAGUUAACAGACUCUUUGAUGAAUUUGAGAGACGUGCUAGAGAUGAGGAGGACAGCAAAAGCACAAGUCGAUCUUUCAAUGAUAGUGCCUCAGCACUUGCAGCAGCACUUGAUGACGCAGAACGUACACUGAAUGCGCGUACCGCAGCACCUCUGCCCAGAGAUGUUGACUCAUUGGAGCAUUUGGUUAUUGAACACAAAGAUUUUGAGACACGGCUACAAGCUCUUGGUCCAGAUGUGGAGAAACUGCAAUCUACAUUCCGCAGUAUUUCACGUAAGACACCUGAACAGCAGACUCGACUCGACAAAUGCAUUUCAAAAUGGAACAACCUCUGGGCCACAUCUCAUCUCUAUAUUGAAAGGCUGAAGUGCAUUGAAAUAGUUCUCAGUGGACAUGAAGAAGCUACAAACAUAGUAACAGAAUUCGAACUUAAACUUGCAUCUUAUAAAGAGCUUCCCUCAGAUGUCGAAGCAUUAAGAGCCGUUCAUGAAGAUUUGCUGAAUCUACAGAACUCUGUUGCCCAGCAUCAGAUGGUAAUUGAUCAACUGAGUGAAGAUGUGCUAAAUGCACGUCGUCUUGUAGAGAAGUCACGACCUAAUCAUCGGGGUCCUCACUCUGACCUUGAACGCUUGGAAGGAGAAGUUGGACGCCUUACAAAUCGCUGGGGGAACGUCUGCUCUCAGCUCGUCGACAGAUUGCGCAGCUGCGAAGCUGCUUAUGGAUUGCUGCAGACAUACAGCAACUCGUAUGAGAAAGAGGUUGCAUGGGUGGAUGAGAGCUAUGGAAAACUAAGUGGUCUUGCUCCAAUUGAAGACCGUGCGAAGGAGCAGUUGGAACCAACACGAGUGCUGUACAACAAUGUAUUGGAGAAAGCACCAGCAAUUGAGCAGGUCAAUGUUGUUGGUGGGCGAUUUAUCCGGGAAGCGAAGAUCUACGACCUGCGCCUGCAGCACUAUGCGUCGUGGCUGGUUGAUGAGGUUCACCCAAGCAUGGACACAGUGAUUGGGAGAGGCAGAUCCAAUGGAGACAAUCGUGCUGACCGCAUUCCUGGUGCAACUGCUGUUGCUGCGCAGCUGGAUGCACUCAACCACCGCUACCGAGCACUGCUGUGUCUGCUGUACGAUCGAUUGAAACAGAUUGCAACUUUGUGCCCCAAUGAACCUUCAGUGCAGGUACUGGUGUCACAGAUGGAACCAAGGGACCUCAAAACAUUCCGAACAGAAUUUAAUAUAUAUGAGUCUACGGAAGAAUCUCAGUUUAACAGCAGACAGUAUACUACAAAGUACCAAGAGAUCAGGGAUGGCAGCAAAAUCACGGUGACCACACGAGGAUCUCGUGAUGGAUCACCUGCUCCAAAGAGACAGGCAACAGAAGUAGAUGGAGGUCGUCCAGGUGUGGGAGGGACCGAUGGUAGUCCUAGUCAGACUGUAGGAGUUCCUAGUAGCAGAGGAAGCAGCAUGCAUUUCUCAGAAAUUCGAUCUUUACGUAGGAUUCGGCAGGCUGAUGAGGGAACAGAUGUUUCUGAUCUCCUUGGAAUUACUGAUCCUGCCACAGGUCGUGUACUGACAGUGGGUGAAGCAAUUGCGCUACGUGUGCUGGAUGUCCGGUCAGGCCAAGUGGCAGGGACUCCACUACAGGAAGCUGUAAAAUGUGGUUUGGUGGAACCUGCUUUGGCCACCCGUCUCCUCGGCCCUUGUGGUGUUGGUCAGCUGUCACUGCUGGAAGCUAUCCAGCGAGAACUAGCAGAUGCUGAGAGAGGGGUGCCAUCUACGGGACCAGAGGUAAGGUACACAAGGUCUUUGGGAACAGGGGCGAGCGGGGUUGUUGCCGGGCUGCCACUGUCAUUGUCAGAUGCACUAGCAAAUGGACUGGUGGAUGAUAGUGAUGGCCGUGUGCUGGAUCGGUGCUCUGGUGAGUGGCUGACUCUGUCCGAGGCAGUCGCUCGUGGUGUACUGGAUGGUGAGGUGCGUGAGGUGGUGGACGCUGCUGCAGACGUACGCCUCAAAUUAUCUGCUGCCUUAGAUCGUGGUCUUAUUGAUGCCAGUGGUCACUAUCACCAUGGUCUAUCAGGUGAGGUAUUGCGAUUAAGUGAAGCACGCCGCAGACGACUCGUCUCUCGUGCUGCUACACUUAAGGAUGCUGUCGAUUUGGACCUACUGGAUGAACGUGGCUGCAUUUGGUCACCAGCUCAUCGCAAGCGUCUUACACUGACGGAGGCUGUGCAGUGUGGCACACUAGAUGACAAUUGGGCACGAUCAGUAACAGACACACGGUCUGGAGAACUGGUGACACUUUCUCAAGCACUUCGCGAUGGCAUUGUAUUACCAGAUGGUGCUCGCUUUGUUAACACUGAUGAGGGUGCUGUGUAUUCCAUGGCAGAGGCAGCCGAUCGUGGUCUCCUUACUUCUGUUGCUGUAAAAUCCAUUUUUGACAUUGAUGGUUUCAAGGAACCUGAUGGAAAAGACUUUGUUAGUUUUAAUACAGCUGUGUCAAAAGAUUUCUUGAAGAUAAAUCGCGGUAAAGUUUCUGUUGUUGUUAACAGCAAGACUGGGGAAGCAGUGUCAGUUCCUGAAGCAACAAAACGAGGACUAAUCAGAGCUGAAGUUCUCGAGAUGCUUAAUCGACCUAUUGGAAUCUUUGAUGGUAACAGAGAACUGAAUGUGCUAGAGUCUGUUGCAAGGGGUAAAAUUGACACCAGAUUGGGAUUGCCACUUGACACAAAAACUGGAGAACCAGUUGCAUUUAAUGAAGCCGUGAAAUGUGGCCUAAUCAAUGCGGAAGGUGCAGCAUUGUUGCUCAGCAUGCUUACAAUCACUGUAACAACACAAACAGUUACAAAGACUGUAAAGAAAUAUGUCACUAUAACAUCAUCUGGGACAGCCACUACAGCAGAAGUGAGCUUGGCAUAUGGCCGAUCUCCACGUAUGACAUUACAGGAAGCACUCAUUCGUGGGCUUUAUGAUGAGAAAAAUAGAACAGUUCGAGACCCAGAAUCGGGUAGAAUUCUGACACUAGAAGAGGCUGUCGAUGCAGGAUUGAUUGCAGCUGAAAAAGUAGAAGUUUGUGUAGAUGGAGCAUUACCAGAUAAAAUGGAUUCACUUCGUAAACAAGAGUCAGUCCCCAAAGAAAAUAGCAGCUCUCCUUUUAGAGAUCGUGUUCCCAGAACUGUGUCAACAAAAACAACAGUGGAGGAAUUAACAGUUGAUAAAAGUUCAACGAAAGUGACAGUCAUUGAAAAAGAAGAUAAAUCUUUAAGGAGAGGAGAGUUGGUUCGUGAAGAUUCAUCAACUUCUCCUCAGAAAGUAAAAACUUCUCCGAUGGAGGUAGAUGUCCAUAGCACUUCUCCUAAACAAGCAUACCCUGAUGAGAAGAUUACCGUCUCUCCUAAGAAGGCUAAAAUCCAUCCUUCGCCAACGAGACAUAUUCCAACAGAAAGUGAUUUAACUACGUUUUUACAGAAAGAAGCAUUACAGUCAUCUUUAGAGAAAUUCCCUCCUUCAUUGCCAGCCAGAUAUGGUGAUACAUCACCUUCGCAUGUAAAGAAUGGCACAGAGCAGCCUCAGCCUCAGCAGCUUAUAAAAGAUGAAAUGGGACAAGACAUGGUUUUGGGACUAUCACAGGUUCCCCGUGAUCAGUCUGUUAGUAGACGAGACCAGGCAACAGUCCCUAGCACACAUACAGCAACAUUAGAAUUGAAACCUACAGAUGAACUGCACUUGGAGCAGCAUACACAGGUGUUUGAGCUCCCGCGGGAUGGAUGGCUACUGUCUGAAGCAAUAGAGCGGCGACUGUUUGAUCCUGUGACAGGGCUUUUUAUUAUUCCAGGUACUGAUAGGCUUGCUUCUUUUGAGGAGUGUAUAAAACUGCAAAUAGUAAAUCCAGAAUCAGUCACUGUCAUUGAUCCCAACAACAAACGACAUCUGACUGUAACACGUGCUCUGGAAAAACACGUGCUCGAUGCAACGGGCCAUUAUGUGUCACCAGAUGGGAACAAGAUCACUAUGAAGGAGGCUGUUGAUCAUGGAUUGGUUAUCUUGGAAGGAGCUACCCCAGUUGUGUCUACUCAGUUGGACAGCAGUAGUGCGUCCUCACGGCGACUAAUUCAAGUGACUAAAGUUAGUGGUCGCCCAGACAAAGUGGAAGUGUCAGAAUCUGUAACAAGUUCCGGUCGUCCCCACACAUUUAAAGAGGUGUGUGCAGAUGUUCAUGAUAUAGAACCUCUACAGGUUGCACCUGGUAUUGUGUAUGAUCCAUCAUCAGCACUAGUGAUUUUCACACAGACUGGGAAGACUGAUAACCUUCUUGCUGCAGUAAAGGAGGGUAAGAUUGAACCGAGAAUGGUCAAAGUUAAGGAUCCGUACACUGGAAAAUCCCUCAAUAUCAAUGAAGCUCUGAGAAAGGGCUUCAUCGAUAAGGACACAGGUGAAUAUAGAGAUAAGGCUGGACGCCGAAUUCCGCUUUCUGAGGCAUCCAAAUUUGGUGUAGUGGCAGUGAUGGGAGAACCCCUCUCUGUUGCUCCUACUGCUGAGCAGUUUACUGUUUCAGCUGAAGUAAUUCCAGCAGAUGGUGUCGUGAGGACCAGGACAGCAGUUGUUUCGACUUCCAUUGUGGUGAGAGACCCUACAACAGGAGCUGAGCUGACUGCCGAGGAGGCCGUGCAGCGUGGCUUGCUAUCGCCAGAGCAGGUUGAACAACUCGCAACCGAUGCUGGCCGUUUGAAGAUUCUGGGCUCAACAAGCAUUUCAUUGGACGAAGACGACGACGAUCGACCCUCGGAAGGAGAACGAACACGUGGCCGUGUCACUACAGAACCCAAAUACCGAGUAGCAAUUGGGCGUGCCCGUUCUUUCUCUUGCUCUCCAGAUCGUGAAGCUAGGCCUGUUGUUUUGCAGAAGAUGCGCAAGAAAGUACUACGGCCUCGUGAGGCUGCUGCAGCUGGCAUUAUUGACCGGGAGACAGCCGAUGUGCUCGAUCGCCCGGAAACUUAUGUUGGUGAACAGGGAGAGUCUCUGUCAUUAUCUGAAGCUGUGGUGCUAGGACGUGUGAAUGGAGAUCAUGGUGCAGUGGUGGACCCACAACGUGGAGAUGUUUUGACAGUGCGUGAGGCACUUCACAGAGGAGUUUUAGACCCAUCGAGCCCAGGGGGCCGCAUACUCGUGCCAGUUGCUCGCAGUCUCUCACUACCUGAACUUGUGCACCAGGGUCUGGUUGAUCCUAGGACAAACAAGGUUGUUCAUCCAGAAACUGGAGCAUACCUAACUUUGAAAGAAGCUAUGUUGUGUGAAAUAGUUGACCAGUUCUCUCCCAUUGUUGUUCCACACACAAAUAAGAAGAUCACUCUUGAGGAGGCAGUUGCUGAGGGAGUCAUUGAUGAUGAAAAGUGUCUAGUACAGACAUUUGAUGGCCCAGUUAGUAUUGUGACAGCUUCACAGGAUGCGAAGCUCUUCCCGAGUCGAAAAGGUAAAGCACCUCCACCAGGUGCCCAGCCACUUCCACCAGCAGGAAUGACAUUCCCUGUGGCUCUGAGGCGUGGACUUGUUGAUGUUCAGAGGAAGGAAAUUCGUCACCCUGUAACAGGUGACAGACAACCUCUGGAACAGGCCAUUAGUUCAGAUUUCAUUAUGGCUCUUCCAUACCCUGCUUCACCAUUAAGUGUGGAUGUGGGGGUGGCCCUCGAAAGGGGCCUAAUUGAUGCAGAGCGAGGUACCAUGAAGCACCCACAGACUGGUGAGCAAGUCCCAAUUACAGAGGCUGUUGAGAAUGGCCUACUCAUUGUUAAACCCGGUCAGCAUGCACUGACAUUUGAACCUUCAGCAACAGGUAGUUUAACUGCAGUUACAGAAACUGUAACUUCCUAUCAUACAAUAACAACAAAGACAAUUGAACUCCUCCAGGGGUAUACACUACUUAGCCCAUCAGAAGUAAAGAACUCCUUGACAGGUGAAGUUAUGACACUAGAGGAAGCAAAACGCCGCGGCAUAGUUCGUGAUGAGUCCGAGGUGAAACAGCAAUUCACAACACGUGAAAUUAAGGUAUCUUUUGGAGAUGCCAUCGCACGUGGACUCAUUGAUCUAAGUGCUGGCACAUACACAGAUCCAGAGUCAGGGCGUGUAAUGCCCAUAGCUGAUGCAAUUCGUGAUGGAUUGAUUGAAGCUGUGCCUGACAGUGUCGAUGGUGGUGAUAAAAGAACUAAAAAGCUUAAUGUAUUGGAAGCUUCAGAGAAACUGUAUGAUGAAGCUGCAGGAUGUUUCAGAGAUCCAGAUUCACCAACAAAAGCAUACUCAUUUGAGGAAGCUGUGAAUGCUGGCCUUAUCGACAAGGAUUCAGUUGUGUAUGAUGUGGUUCGUUCAAAACCUGUCACUGUAAAGGAAGCUCUAAGAGAAGGAUUGCUAGACCCAAAGACGGGUCAGUUUGUAAAAGAACCAGAAACGGGCUCAAAGAUUUCUGUGAAGCAAGCAGCUAAAAUGGGACUUCUGGCAGUACUUGGUGCUCCUGUUUUAGCAGGAAUGGCAGUGGUAGGAGCUGUCAAAGAGAAACUCGAGAAAACAACAGGUGAUGAAAAUGCAAGGGGCGCUGUUAUGUCAGACGUGAAGAGUAAUCGCAUGAAAGUACAAGGAGGAGAGAUCACCCCUGGGGAAAGCACAGUACAGUCUGGUGAACAACAAAAAAGUCCUGUGAAAUCUGAGAAGGGAAAGAUAUCAUUGAUUGGUGGUGAUAAGCAAUCUCCAUCUGCAGCAAAAUUAACAGAAGAAGGGACAGAAGCACCUUCAGUUUCACCACUGGACAAGCAGAAACAAUUAGACACACCAACCCAGCCAGAAAAACUAAUAACACCAACUAGAGGUGUAUUAACAGAGAGAAACAAACAGCCACCAGAAAUUAAAAUUGAAAGUAAAACAAAGUUGCCUGUGGUUUCCAUCAGUAAAGCAGUGGCAGAUGGCCUCAUAGAUCCCAACAAGUGUGUAGUGAAUAUUCUGGUGCCUAAUGACAGUAGGUUAUACACAGUGCAUGAAGCACUAUUGAAUAAUGUCAUUUCACAGGAUAGUAAAAUUGAAGUGUUAAGCAAGACUCAUGUUAAUCUUGUAGAUGAAAAGAAGCAAUAUAAGGUGACUGUUGUUCGCUAUUUGACUCCUGAGAAACUACUAAAUGUUGGUGCUUACAAUGUGGCACUGGAGUCAUUUGUAAGCCCUGCUACAGGAGAAGUAAUUAGAUUUGAUGAUCUGGUUUAUCAGUGUGAUGUGCUCAGUCCAGAUCUAGUCCUUGUCAGAGAUUUAUUGAGCAAGAAGCCAAAUGCAUAUGUCACACUCCGUGAGGCACUCGAGGUUCCCGUCAUUGACCGUCAUACGGGUCACAUGGUGGAUCCUGGGACAGGAAGAAAAGUACCAUUUUCUGAAGUUGUCAAAUUAGGGUGGAUUAUUGAGAAGCCACACACAUCUGAAUCUCUUUCAAAGAAAAUGAAACCAACUAUAACACUUCAGGAAGCUGUGCAAGAUGGACAUUAUGAUCCCCAGACAGGUGACAUAGAGGAUCCAAAAACAGGACAAAAAUUUAGCUUUGUUGAUGCUAUAAAGAUGGGAGUUUUGGAUCCGGAGUCUGUGAAUAUUCGCAAUCCAGAAACUGAUGACAUAAUACCAUUAUCAGAAGCGAUUGAAGUUGGCAUUGUUGAUCUUAAUAGGGGAGUCAUAGUAAACGUAGAUACAAGAACUGAAAUAGAAUUCAAAGUGGCAUUCCUUAAAGGGUAUGUUAUAGCAGGUCACAGAAAACCAAUUUCUCUAGAAGCUGUGAUUCGUAAAGGUUAUUACAAUCCCACUACUGGCUUAAUAAAAGAACCUCUUACAAACCAGAAUAUAGAUGUUGAAGAAGCUGUGAAACGUGGAAUGGUUGAUGCUUUCAUUACAGAGUGCAAGGACACUAGAGCUGACAGUUUAAUCUCACUGGACGAUGCUUUAACAACGAAGCUUCUGAAUCCCAAGGUGGGUAAAAUGCGUGACACGUUUACAGGCAAAUUACUGACUUUAGAUGAAGCUCUAAGUAAAGGUCUGAUUGUAACAAACAAAAUCACGCUGUCACUGAUUGACGCUAUUUCUGAAGAGUACUAUUCACCUCGCACUGGACUCAUAGAAGAUCCUGCUAUUGGGGAAGAUGUAACACUACAAGAUGCAAUAGACAGUGGUCUGAUUGAUGUGUCAUCAGUAAGAGUGAAGGACAGUGUGUCGGAUCGACUUGUGCCAGUAAGAGAUGCAAUGGUGAUAGGACUGCUAGAUGCUCGGCGUGGGAUGCUGACACGGCCUGCUCCAGGUGUAACUCUGGAUGUUGCACUUAGCAAAGGUCUACUAUUGAGCACAAGAAGGCCGUGGUCCCUUCCUGAAGCUCUGGCACAAGGCUGUUACGAACCACAAUCUGGUCUCCUGUUAUUAGAUGGUGAACGUAUAACUCUGGAAGAGGCAUUGCGACGUGGGGAUAUAAGCAGUGAUACUCUGGCUGUUAAGGACCCACGCUCAGGGGACAUCAUCAGUCUACGAGAAGCAGUUUGUGCCGGUAUCGUAGAUCCUAAAGCUGGCACAGCAACAGAUCCAACCAGUGGAGCUGAAAUGCAUUUCUACGAUGCUCUGGAGCGAGGGCUGAUCAUUCCCGCAAAGAGAAAAUUUUCAUUGCCGGAGGCCGUGUUCAAGGGCUUUUAUGAUCCUAAAUCUGGUCGAUUUACAACUCCAGAGACCCAUGAGAAGUUGCCCACUGAUAGAGCUAUUUACAAAGGUAUUAUAGACCCUGCUUCAACUCUCGUUCGAACAGAUUCAGGAAAGGUAGUCACAUUUGCAAGUGCUGUUGAAGAAGGUGUUGUGGAUGCAAAAGCUGGUGCUCUCAAAGGUAGAGAUGGAAAGCUGGACUUCCAGGAAGCUUUUGAACAAGGUCUGCUGAUAGAGGCUCACCCGCCUUUAACACUAAGUGAAGCUUUAGUCAAAGGAAUCUUUGAUGAGGAAACAGGACUGUUUCUCGAUCCCAGCACAGGAGAACGUGUCACAUUGGCCUAUGCUGUUGAGAACAACCUCAUAGACUCGGAUUCAGUUCAUGUGAAGGAUACAAGAAGUGGGUUUUGGAAGAAACUGUCUCUUGCAGAAGCUAUAAAAUCAGGAUUUGUUGAUGGACAGACAGCAAAAGUGAAAGACUUUACUCGAGGGGACAUCAGUGUACCAAUAUCAGAGGCAUUUGCUACUGGUCUGUUGGUGGAUAGUAAAGCAGCUGUAUCAGUACAGAGAGCUAUUCAUCAGGGCUUGUACGAUGAGGCGAGUGGUAAGCUAACAGAUCCAAAUACGGGUCGUAAAGUGACAUUGCACGAAGCUAUACGGCGGUCAAUUAUCAAUCCUCAGUUACCGUGCUAUUGGGACCGUCGCUCUGAACGCCUGUUGUCACUGGUAGAGACGUGCAGAGCUGGUAUAAUAGACAGAAGGGCAGGUGUUUUUCGUGAACCAGGAUCUGACUGCACAAUCCCACUUUCACAAGCUAUGGAACUGGGUCUUAUUGUGGACAUUGAGAGUGCAGCAUUUGGGUUGUAUGAAGCAAUUGCAAUGGGUCUGUACGACUCAGCCACUGGUCGAUUUGUUCAUCCAUCUACUGGUAGGAAGCUGACUUUAAGUGAUGCUUGCAAAGAAGAACUGAUUAAUCCAAUUAUCUCAAUUGUGAAGCACUCUAAGACUGGUAAAUAUAUGAAACUUGAAGAAGCUAUUCUGAAUGGGUUAAUUGAUGAUGAAAAGGGUCUCUACAAGAUCCCUGAAUCAAAGAAGACCCUGUCAUUGAAAGAAGCAAAAGAGAAAGGUCUUAUUGUUACUUCUCGCAGGCCACUAUCAAUUGAAGAGGCUGUAAAGUAUGGCCUUUACCGACCAGAGGCAGGUUGUUUCGUUGACCCACAAGUUAAUGAUAAUUUGGACUUGUCACAGGCACUAUUACAUGGUCUUUUAGAUCCAAACACUACAGCAAUGAAGGAUCCUGUUAGUAACAAGCUCAAGAGUGUCAACUCAGCUAUUGAAGAUGGUUCUAUAGAUGUUUUGAGAGGCCGUGUGGCAGAUCCGAAAACAAAGCGGUCUUACACUAUUGAUGUUGCUUUUGAAAGGGGGCUGCUUUUGACUGUAGAUCGUCCAAUAACAUUUCAGCAAGCUGUAAGGCGUGGAUCAAUUGACUUCCAGCGUGGUACAUUUAAGGACCCCAGGACGUCACACGAGUGCACCUUGGAAGAAGCAAUACGCAAUGAAUUGAUUGAUCCUGAAUCUGCUGUUAUUAAAGACCCUCAGACUGGACGCUUCCGCACUCUAAAGAAGGCUAUAACAGAUGGGCUGAUUGACAUGAAUCGGCGUGCAGCAUUUGAUCCACAGACAGGCAAAGUGAAAUCGCUGUGCAUUAUAUUUGAACAGGGAACUGUUGUGUUUUUAAGGGAACCACUGACUUUUGAUGCAGCUGUAGAAGGGGGUCAUUUGGACAUAUCAACAGGUCGUUUUACUGAUCCACAAUCACAUGAAGUUCUAACACUAAAAGAGGCAGUUACAUUGGGCUUAAUAGAUCCUGAUUCAGCUCUUGUGAAAGACAAAUUGAAGAAAAGACUUGUUCGCUUGCCGGAAGCAUUCCGCAAAGGGUUAAUUGAUUCAGAGAAGAGCAGUGUCCUCGACUCUGAAACAUCUCGUCUUUACACCUUAGCUGCUGCUUUAGAUACAGGGUUGUUGACAACACCAAGUCGUGCACUAUGUCUGAUUGAAGCUAUAACUUUCUCAUUGUACAAUCCAACUACAGGAGGUUUCCGUGAUCCAUUCUGUGCUGCAGGUGGUGUAACAGAGCGGCGGCGCUUAACUCUUCGUGAGUCUCUAGCAUCUAAUCUUAUAGAUACCUCAACAACAGUGGUGAAAGAUGUAUCUACAGGGCGCAUAUUGACUUUGUCUGAGGCAGUUGGUCCAGAAGGUCUUGUUGAUCAAGAUGCUGGACGAUUGCUUGAGACGACAACAGGAAAAUCUAUUGAUUUCACAAAGGCCCUAGAGCGUGGGUACAUCCUGCCUGCGCAGGCCAGACAAGCUGUGGAAGAAAAAUAUAAACAUUGUGAUGAGACACUGUCAAAGUUGCUGAUGUGGCUCUCAAAUACAGAGAAUCGCAUUGCAAGUCAAGGAAAUGUUGCGGAAAAUACUGAUGAUCUACGGAACCAAAUAAACACUCUCAAGCAAGUGAAGGACGACCUGGAGGCCCACUCCCGACCGAUUGCAACUUGCUUGGACCAGGUACGACAGCUUGUUUCAACUGGAAGAGAUGUACUGUCAGCUGAUGAGGUGUCAACAGUUGAAAAGAAUGGGCGUUCCUUGAAGACACGCUAUGAUUGUGCCACAGAACGUACAGAACGCCUUCUCAGAAAACUUGGGACUGCGCGUGAUGAGCUUUCAAAAUUCAAGUCUGAGUUGUUGACAUUUAAUUCAUGGCUGGACAAAGCAUGCAGGCAACUUGAAGAUAAGGAGCGAUCUCUGUCCAAUCUGAACAAAUUACACAGCAGCACUGACAGCACUAAGGAGUUUGUUAGUGAUGUCAUUGCUCAUCAGGCAGACUUGCGGUUCAUUACUAUGGCUGCUCAGAAAUUUUCAGACGAGUCAAAGGAAUACCUGUCCAUACUGAACGAUUUCCGAGGAGGACUGCCAGAACGCCUUCCACAUGUUGAGCAUCCUGCACAGUCAUUAGUAAGCCACGAAGUUUCAGAGGCAUCUGUGCGAUAUCGGGAUCUGUUGUCACGUGCAGAGGGACUAUCAGACCGGCUAAGUGGUGUUGGUGGUCGUCAGCGAGAACAUCAGGAUGCACUGGAAAAAGCAAGAACAUGGAUGCGUGAGGCAGAACCUCGUGCACACAAGACUUUAGCAGAACCAACAGGAGCAGACCCUCGUACACUAGAAGAACAGUUGAUUCGGGCACGUUCACUCUCGUCAGAGUUUGUUGCUCAGGGAAGACUCAUAGAUGCAGCCAAGCUGUCUCUUGGAGCACUCCUGCGGUCUCUUGAAGGUCAGCAGACGCAAGCAGAGGUGGCGUCAUUGGAAGCACCUGUUCAUGAAUUAGAAGACAAAUACAAGCAACUCUCAGAGGCUCUUUUGGAGAAGUGCCAGGAACUAGACACUGCUCUUGUCCAAAGUCAGAGUGUGCAGGAUGCACUUGACAGCCUUACACAGUGGCUGAACAGCGCUGAGAAUAAUGCCAAGAGUCUUCAGCGGCCAGCAAGCCUCCACAAGGAAAGACUAGAUGAACAACUUCGUGAACAUAGGCUACUACAGGCAGAUGUCGACCAGCACAGGCCUAGCAUUGAAAGUGUUUCUCAGUCAGCUCAAGAAUUAAUAGCCACUGCAUCUAAUCCUAGGCUGGCUAAGAAAAUAGAUGUGAAGCUCAAGGACGUAACAUCAAGAUUUGAGAAGCUCUCUGAGCGAACAUUACGCCGUACAGAAUUGUUAGAAGAUACGCUGGCAGCCUUGACGUCAUUCUCGACACGUGCAGGCAAGCUGGAGACUUGGUGUUCACAGACCGUGGAAGCACUCGAAGCUUCUGCUGGUCGCUUGGAUGCUGAAGAGUUGCAAGUUCGUGUAGAUACACUAGCCACACAGAAGGAAGCACACAGACCAGAGUUUGAGGAAACUGUUCGAGCAGGCCGUAGUCUUGUGGGCAAGAAAGAUGUCACCGACACUGUUCCUCUAAGAGACAGAAUCAAGUACCUGGAGGGUCAAUGGAAAGAACUGGGACUUCAGCUUGAAGAGAAGCAGCGUCUAGGAAAAGCACGUGUUGACCAGCUGAAUGCAUAUGAGCGACUUCAUGAACAAGUUAUGGAGUGGCUGACAAAAAUGGAGAGUCGUGUACAGCGACUUGAUCCUGUUGCUGUCGAUACAGAUGUUCUGCGUGCUCAAAUUGAAGAACUUAAGCCUCUCCACAAGGAGUAUCGAGAAUAUGUUGGAACAGUGGAUCGUCUGAAUGACUUGGGAAAUGCUUAUGACAACCUUCUUCGUGGCGAUCGCCCUGAAUCACCUCAGAGACGUCGAUCAUCUGCAUAUAGUCCCACAAAGAAGACUUCAGUUACAGCUAGCCCACUUCGUCGAUCUUCGCAAGAAGCUCGGUCACCAUCUCCCACAAAAUCUGUUGGCUUCAACGCUCAGAGCCCUGUUUCUCCUGGAGGUUCAAGUGGUUUCAGCAGCAGACGGUCAUCACAGGAUGGCUUCCACCUUGAAGAAUUAUCACCAGUUCAGCAGCAACUGACAGAGGUUAAUAACCGUUAUGGGUUGCUUGGUGUACGUCUAUCGGAUCGCCAAUCAGAGUUGGACAGCACACGUGAGGAAGUACGUAGGCACAUGGAUAGUUUACGUACGUUGUCAGCAUUCCUGGACAAGGUACAACGAUCUCUGCCAAAAGAAGUAGUGCCACAGACAAAAGAUGAAGCUAACAAAGCUGCUAAGAGUAUAAAGGCUAUCAUGGAGGACAUGUACGAGAAACAAUCUCUUUUGGAUAACACUCGAGGACAAGUUGCUGAUCUUCUCAAGAGGAAACCCAGUGUACAAGGGUCUGAUACACUGCAUGAUGAAUUGACUGAUGUUGUUACUCGAUGGAAGAGUAUAAAUGAUAGAUGCAAGGACAGAAUAAAACUGAUGGAUGAUAUCAAAGAAUUCUAUGAUACACAUGACAACCUCUCAGCCUGGCUAGGAGCUAAAGAUCGUAUGAUGACUGUUCUUGGUCCUAUCUCUUCUGAUUCACGAAUGGUUCAGAGCCAAGUGCAGCAAGUACAGGUUCUACGGGAAGAAUUCCGCACUCAGCAGCCACAAUUAUCUCAUUUGGAGGAAGUUGGCUCUGCUGUGCUGUCGAAGUUGGACAUGUCAGCACCCGAUGCUCAGCGCAUAUCAGUGAAGCUGACAUCUCUGCAACAACGAUGGGCGGAACUCCUUGCGAGGCUUCAAGAACGUGCUGACUCGUUGGGUGCUGCUGCUGAUACUAGCCGUGAAUUUGAUGCUGGGUUGCUGCGCUUGAGAGAUGCCUUGCAAGCUCUUUCAGACCAGCUAGAUGAGGUACCCCUUGACCGGGAUCCAGAGGAGCAACUUCGUAAAGUUGAGAAUCUUGAACGUCAGCUUGAGGGCCAGCGUCCUCUAUUGGCAGAUGCAGAAUCAACAGGGGCUCAGCUGUGCGAUGUACUUAGUGACCCUGCUUCUAGAGCAGAGAUACAGGGAAAACUUGGUGCUGUUGGUCGUCAAUACAAUACAUUGCAGAAGAAAAUGGAUCACCGCAAAGCAGAAAUUGAAGGCAACCUACGAGAUGGUAGACAGUUUGAGGCAUCAUGUGCACGCACUUUGGGAUGGCUGUCUGAUGAACUUGGAGCUAUGUCUGAAAGGUUGUUAGUGUCUGCUGAUAGAGAAGUAUUACAGCAACAACUUGAUCAGCACGAGCCUGUUUAUAAGGAGGUAAUGAGCAAAGAACAUGAGGUAAUAAUGCUGUUAAACAAGGGGCGGGACAUUUUGGCAAGAUCUUCACAGAUGCAGCGCAGUGAUUCACGCAAUUUGCAGAGAGAUGUUGAUAAGAUUCAGUCUCAGUGGGACCGACUGCGCAAGGAUAUUAUGGAGAGACAUACAAGACUGCAGACAUGCAUGGAACAUUGCCGCAAGUAUUACAAAGCACAGGAAGCUUUCCUCCCUUGGUUGUCACAGGCAGAGACCAAGCUGGAGGCUUUGGCACCAGCGUCAUUUAAGCGCAAAGACAUAGAACGUCAGCUUAAAGAUCUUUCCGCCUUCCGUAAUGAAGUAUGGAAACGUUCUGGAGAAUUUGAAAAUAACCGUACCCUUGGUGACACUUUUGUAGCUGCGUGUGAUAUUGAUAAAGAUGUUGUUAAAGGGGAGCUAGCACAAAUGAAGAAGAGAUGGGAUCGUCUGAAUAAUGAGUUACUUGAACGCACACAAUCCCUCGAAGAUACGUCUCGCCGACUAACAGAUUUCUCUGAGAAUCUAAGAGACCUGACACAUUCACUGCAACGCUGUGAAGAUAGGCUGGCAUCUCAUGAUGCACUUGGUGGUGCAGCAAAGGAUCCAAAACUGCUUGACAGAAUAAAGACCUUACGUGAGGAGACAACUGCAUUACGCAAACCUCUGUCUGCUGUGCGACAACAAGCAGGUGAUUUGUGUCAUGAAGCGGGAGAGUUGGGAGUUGAUGCAUCUCAUCUGCAAGAUGAAGUGGAUGGCAUUGGGGAUCGUCUUGAUGACCUGCAAGCUAAACUUGAUGAUCGUUGCAGUGAACUUCAGUCAGCUGCAACUGCGGUCACUCAGUUUACCGACCAAGUGAAAGGUUUGAGCCACGACUUGUCGAACCUUGAACAAGAACUAGAGAAUAUGAAGCCACCUGGCCGAGAUCUGAAAACAGUUCAUACACAGCAAGAUGAAAUUGCCAAAUUCAUCAGAAAGCUGUCACGUGUGUCGGACAAUGUGGGGGAUACAGUGUCUGCCGGUGAACGCCUUGUAGAUUCUGGAUUUGCACCAGACACUGCAGCCACUCGGGAACAAGCUGAUCUGUUACGUAGGCAAUUGGCUCGGCUUGAGGAGAGAGGUCGUGCACGCGAAGAAGACUUAGCAACAACCCUUGACAGGCUUGAAACAUUCUACCAGGCACAUUCUGGUAUCACAGAGGAUAUUAGACAUGUAAGUGAUGAGCUUCACCAUCUGAAGCCUGUUGGUUCAGAAGUUGAUACCAUUCGAGCUCAACAAGAAGAGUUCAGAAUAUUCAGAGACAAGGAAGUGGAACCAUUAGCUUCUAGAAUAGAUGAAUGCAAUCGCCUGGGUCAGGGACUGAUACAGUCGGCUUCUGGUGGUGUCAGUACUGUCAACUUGGAGAAGGAUCUGGAAAAGAUGAAUGACAAAUGGAAUGAUCUGAAAGAGAGAUUGAAUGAGCGUGACCGUAAACUGGACGUUGGUUUACUGCAGUCAGGGAAAUUCCAGGAAGCUCUUGAUGGUCUAUCCAAGUGGUUAACAGAUACUGAGGAAAUGGUUGCAAAUCAGAAACCACCAUCUGCCGACUACAAAGUCGUUAAGGCACAGCUGCAAGAACAAAAGUUCCUCAAGAAAAUGUUGUUGGACCGGCAAAACUCCAUGUCUUCUCUGUUUGCAAUGGGCAAUGAAGUUGCGGCAGGUGCAGACCCAGCAGAACGGAAAGCUAUAGAGAGGCAGCUACAUGAGCUCAUGCAGCGUUUUGAUAAUCUGACAGAAAAUGCAACGCAGCGUAUGAAUGCCCUUGAACAAGCUAUGGCUGUUGCAAAGGAUUUCCAGGAUAGGCUGGUUCCUAUUGUGGAAUGGUUGGACAAAACAGAAAAGAAGGUAAAAGACAUGGAACUUGUGCCUACUGAUGAGGAGAAAAUUCAGCAGAGAAUAAAGGAACAUGAUGCUCUUCACACUGAAAUCCUUCGGCACAAGACUGAUUUGUCAGAGUUGACAGAUGUGGCUGGGGAACUAAUGGGCUUGGUCGGGGAGGAUGAAGCAGCUGGCCUUGCUGACCGGCUGCAGGCAGCAGCUGAUCGUUACACUGCACUUGUUGAUGCUUCUGAAGCGGUUGGUGCACUGCUGUCUCAGUCUCGCACUGGCCUAAGGCAUCUUGUACUUGGUUAUCAGGAUCUACAGGCUUGGAUGGAUGGAGCAGAUCAACGUCUUUCAAAGUUCCGCAUUCUUGCUGUGCACACUGAGAAACUACUUGCACAGAUGGAAGAUCUUGCCGACCUAACUGAAGAAGUGGCAAAUCAUCAGAAUCAAGUGGAUGGUACUGUGGAUACUGGCUUGGAACUCAUGAAACAUAUUUCAAGUGAUGAGGCUCUGGCGUUAAAAGAUAAACUGGACUCACUACAGCGGAGGUUUAAUGAUCUUACCAGCCGUGGUGCAGACAUGUUGAAACAUGCACAGGAAGCAUUGCCACUUGUGCAACAGUUUCACAAUUGCCACAACCGUCUGGUUGACUGGAUGAUGGGAGCUGAAGCUCAGCUGCAGGCAGCUGAACCUCGCGAAGAAGACAUACAGCGGCUAGAACUUGACAUACAAGAGUUCCGCCCAGUUUUGGAAAUGAUCAACUUAGUAGGUCCACAGUUGUAUCAGAUAUCACCUGGAGAAGGUGCUUCCACCAUUGAAGGCUUGGUGACACGUGACAACCGUAGAUUUGAUGCUAUAGCAGAGCAAAUACAGCGUAAGGGUGAACGUAUUCAGUUAUCAAAACAGAGGUCACUUGAGGUCAUAGGAGAUAUUGAUGAACUUCUUGAUUGGUUCCGUGAGGUUGAAGGACAAAUUCGAGAAGCUGAACCUCCCAGUUCAGAACCUGAUGUCAUCCGCGUGCAAUUGAAAGAGCAUAAAGCUCUGAACGAUGACAUAUCCAGCCAGAAGGGCCGUGUUAGAGAUGUUCUUUCUACAGCGAAGAAGGUGCUGCGAGAGUCAGCACAGCAUGAGGACACAUCAACAAUUCGUGAGAAGAUGGAAGAUCUACGUGAAAUGAUGGACACUGUGUCAGGACUGAGUUCAGAUCGACUAGGGGUGCUGGAGCAGGCCUUGGCUCUGGCUGAACACUUCAAUGAAACUCAUGAUGGCUUGGCUAGUUGGCUGACUGACACUGAGCAGCAGUUAGCUGUUCUUGCCGCGAUGCCAACUCUUCGGCCUGAUUUAAUUGCACAGCAGCAAGAUAGAAAUGAGCUAUUGAUGCAAUCAAUAAAUGAACAUAAACCUCUUGUGGAAAAGCUCAACAAGACAGGAGAAGCUCUCAUAAAACUUGUAAGUGAUGAUGAGGCAGCAAAAGUUCAAGAGAUUGUAGAGAGUGACAAUUCUCGCUAUGCUGGACUACGUUCUGACUUAAGACAGCGGCAACAGGCUCUUGAGAAAGCUUUGCAGGAAUCCAGUCAGUUUUCAGAUAAACUUGAAGGAAUGUUAAGAGCUCUUGGCUCAACUGCAGAUCAGGUGCAUGCUGCAGAGCCAGUCUCAGCACAUCCGACACGCAUUCGAGAUCAAAUGGAAGAGAACACAGCACUUGUAGAAGACCUUGAUAAACGUCAAGAAGCUUAUGCUGCUGUCAAGAGGGCUGCAGAUGAUGUGAUCAGCAAGGCAGGAAAUACAUCAGAUCCUGCUGUUAAAGACAUCAAACGCAAGCUAGAACGUCUGAACAGCUUAUGGAAUGAAGUACAGCGGGCAACAGGAGAGCGCGGGCGCUCUCUGGGAGAGACACUGUCUGUGGCCGAAAGGUUUUGGGAUGAGCUGCACAAUGUCAUGGCUACACUGCGUGACCUGCAGGACAGCCUCAGUUCUCAGGAGCCAGCUGCCGUGCAGCCAGCCGCUAUACAGCAGCAACAAGAAGCUCUGCAGGAGAUACGCCACGAGAUUGAUCAGACAAAACCAGAAGUUGACCAAUGCCGUCAAACUGGUCAAGAGCUGAUGAGCCUCUGUGGCGAACCUGAUAAGCCUGAAGUGAAGAAACACAUUGAGGACCUAGACAAUGCUUGGGAUAACAUUACAGCUCUGUACGCUAAACGAGAAGAGAACCUCAUAGAUGCAAUGGAAAAAGCCAUGGAAUUCCAUGAGACAUUACAGAACUUGGUGGAAUUUCUUGAUAGUGCAGAAGAGCGCUUUUCAUCAAUGGGAGCACUUGGGUCUGACAUUGAUGCUGUCAAAAAACAAAUUGAACAGCUGAAAGACUUCAAGGCUGAGGUUGACCCACACAUGGUCAAGGUUGAAGCCCUGAACAGGGCUCUGAGAAGGCAAGCACAAGAACUAACAGAACGGACUAGUGCAGAGCAGGCAGCUGCAAUAAAGGAGCCUCUGUCAGCUGUCAAUGUCCGAUGGGAUGAAUUACUGAGGGGUGUCGUGGAGCGCCAGCGCCAGUUGGAGAAUGCUCUGUUGCGGCUGGGUCAAUUCCAGCAUGCACUGGCAGAGCUUCUGGUUUGGAUUGAUAAGACUGAUAAUACACUUACUGAAUUGAAACCUCAUGCUGGGGACCCUCAAGCACUAGAGGUUGAGCUUGCUAAGCUAAAGGUAUUGGUGAAUGAUAUCCAGGCACACCAGACAAGUGUUGACACCUUGAAUGAUGCAGGCCGACAACUGAUUGAGCAAGGGCAAGGUUCAGCUGAAGCAGGUGCUACUCAGGAGAGGUUGUCACAGCUAAAUCGCAAGUGGCGUGAUCUGCUGGACCGAGCAGCCGAGAGACAACGUGAGUUAGAGGAGGCACUAAGAGAGGCUCAGCAGUUCAGUGCAGAACUACAAGAUCUGCUCUCGUGGCUAGGUGAUGUUGACGCAGCCAUUGCUGCAUCUAAACCUGUCGGUGGUCUACCUGAAACUGCCUCAGAACAGCUUGAAAGGUUUAUGGAAGUAUUUAAUGAACUGGAACAGAAUAGACCAAAGGUUGAGACUGUACUACAACAAGGCAAUGAGUACUUGAAGAAAUCUGGUGCAAACACAGGACAUCUUCAACACAAUCUGAAGACACUAAAGACACGCUGGGACAGUGUUACUGCUCGUGCCAAUGAUAAGAAGAUAAAAUUAGAAAUUGCACUGAAGGAGGCAACUGAAUUCCAUGAUGCAUUACAGUCAUUUGUGGACUGGCUGACAAAUGCAGAAAAGACACUGGGUGGCUUAAAACCUGUGUCACGUGUUAUGGAAACAAUAUUGGGGCAGAUAGAAGAGCACAAAGCAUUCCAGAAAGAAGUGGGAGUUCGCCGCGAAACUAUGUUGAAUCUGGACAAGAAAGGAACUCACCUGAAGUAUUUCAGUCAGAAACAGGAUGUGAUCCUCAUAAAAAAUCUGCUAAUUUCAGUUCAGCAUCGAUGGGAACGAGUUGUUUCAAAAUCAGCUGAGCGCACAAGAGCUCUGGACCUUGGAUAUAAAGAGGCCCGUGAAUUCCAUGAUGGCUGGUCUGCACUGAUGACAUGGCUGGAAGAUACAGAAAGAAAUUUAGAUGAGCUUGCAGAGGAUGUUGCUGCUGGCAAUGAUCCUGAAAAAAUUAAGACCCGUCUUGCCAAACAUAGAGAAUUCCAGAGAGCAUUGGCAGGAAAACAGACGGCAUAUGACACAACAAUGAGAGCUGGAAAAUCCUUGAAAGAACGUGCACCAAAGACUGAUGAACCAGCUUUGAGACAGAUGUUGACAGAUUUGAAGGCACGCUGGACUUCUGUCUGUGCAAAGUCGGUGGACAGGCAGCGUCGCUUGGAGGAAGCGCUGCUGUUUUCGGGCCAGUUUAAGGAUGCUGUACAAGCUUUGCUGGAUUGGUUGCACAAGGUGGAAUCAACCCUUGGUGAAGAAGGUCCAGUUCAUGGAGAUCUUGACACUGUUGUUGCAUUAGUGGAACAGCAUAAAACCUUCGAAGAGGAUUUACGCAGCAGACAAGCACAAAUGGAAUCUGUGCAGAACACAGGUCGAGAACUCCAGGCAAAGGCAACGGCAGCGGAUGCAGAAACUAUUCAGGCACAACUUGUCGAACUCACAACUCUGUGGGAAACUGUCACAGUUCUCAGCCAUAAGAAAACACAGAGGCUGGAAGAGGCCCUUAAAGAGGCAGAGAAAUUGCAUAAAGCUGUGAACAUGCUCUUAGAGUGGCUGUCUGAUGCUGAAAUGCGACUCCGAUUUACGGCUGCCCUGCCAGAAGAUGAACAAGAUACACGCAAUCAACUUGCCGAACAUGACAAAUUUAUGAAGGAGAUGAUGGACAAAGAGAGAGAGAAGAAUGCUACAAUUGCACUUGCACAAGAAAUUUUGGCCAAGGCUCAUCCAGAUGGUGCUGCAGUAAUAAAACAUUGGAUCACUAUCAUACAAUCACGUUGGGAGGAAGUUUUUAGCUGGGCAACACAGCGGGAACAGAGGCUGAAGGAUCACCUGGCAGCAUUGAGAGACUUAGAAGGGCUGUUAGAAGAACUGUUGGCAUGGUUGGCUGGACUGGAAGGAACACUUGUUGACUUGGAACGAGAACCAUUGCCAGAUGACCUUCCCACAUUAGAGGCACUUGUUGCUGAUCACAGACAGUUCAUGGAAAAUACAAGUAAACGUCAAACAGAAGUUGACAGUGUCUGCAAAUCACGGCAGGUGAAACCAGCAGAAGCACAACGUGACCGUAAACUGUCACGGCCCAAGACACCAUCUAGCAGAGAUGCAAGAGAAAAUCGAGAGUCAUCACCAGAGCAUGAUCCAGCCUCUCGUAAGUCAAGUCGUGCGAGUCCUGGACGAGAGAAGGCUCCGGAACUACAACCUCACAUUGGCCCGAGGUUUGCUGCCAAAGGAAGCAAAGGUGCUGAACCUCAGUUCCGCAAUCCUCGUGUUAAACUUCUAUGGGAUCGCUGGAGGAAUGUGUGGCUUCUAGCAUGGGAACGGCAACGUAGACUGCAGGAAAGAUUAGCGUAUUUGCAAGAACUUGAGAAGGUCAAGAACUUCAGCUGGGACGAUUGGCGCAAACGAUUCCUGAAAUUCAUGAACCACAAGAAAUCGCGUCUCACUGACCUUUUCCGAAAAAUGGACAAGAAUAAUGAUGGCCUCAUUCCUCGAGAAGACUUCAUUGAUGGAAUUAUGAAGACAAAAUUUGAUACGAGCCGGCUGGAGAUGAAUGCAGUCGCUGAUCUUUUUGAUCGUAAUUCAGAAGGUUUCAUUGACUGGAAGGAGUUCAUAGCAGCAUUAAGGCCUGAUUGGGUUGAGCCAACAAAACCUGUUACAGAUGCUGAAAAGAUUCAUGAUGAAGUUAAAAGACUUGUUAUGCUGUGUACAUGCAGGCAAAAAUUCAGAGUCUUUCAGGUUGGAGAAGGAAAAUACAGGUUUGGUGACAGCCAGAAGUUACGCCUGGUGCGUAUUCUACGAUCAACUGUCAUGGUGAGAGUUGGUGGUGGCUGGGUUGCACUAGAUGAGUUUCUGCAAAAGAAUGACCCUUGCCGUGCAAAGGGACGUACGAACAUCGAGCUGCGUGAGCAGUUCAUCCUGGCUGAAGGCGUGUCCCAGAGCAUGACAGCAUUCAAGCCGAAGGCCAGCCCCGGAUCAGGAUCAGGAUCAACUCCGCAGAGGUCGCAGUCUUUGGCUGGCCCCAUCACCAAGGUGCGAGAGAGAAGUGCCCGCAGUGUACCUAUGGGUCGACCAUCAGGACGCUCGUCAUUUUCUGGUGGUGCGCGGACACCUGACUCUCUGAGUGACAAUGAAAGCACUCUGCCAAGGCCUUUGCGGAAGGGGUCUGCUCCUCCUAGAUCCAGCUUGACACCAGGAGGAAGCCUGCCUGGCAGCAAGGCAGGAAGCAGAGCGGGAUCGAGACCAGGCAGUCGCCAGGGCAGUAAGCCUCCCAGUAGGCACGGAUCCACCCUCUCUCUUGACAGCACAGACGAAGGUACACCGAGCCGUAUUCCAGUACAGAGGCGAACAGUUGGUCCUGCAGCAACACCACCAGCCAGGGGUGGAACCUCUGGUAGCAGUUCGCGUAAACUCACAGCUCCUGUGAAUGGCACACCUGGCGGCAGCCGGCCUCGAACGCCAACAGGGGGCAGCAGGCCACGAACGCCAACGGGGCUUCUCAGUCCUGCCAGUGGUUCUUCCUCGAGCAAACACUCAAGGAUUCCAGUUUAUGUAGGUUCACCAGAAACAGAUGUUACUUCACCUCCUUCCUAUGCUUCUUCAGGCGGAUCCUCCACGUCUUCUAACAUCCCUGUUUUAAUAAAGGGCUUCUAUAGGGCACGAACUCCGUCAGGUUCAAGCACUCCAGUUCCAGGUGUUCCUUCCAGUGGCACCAAAAUAACACGGAGGUCAUCAGGAGCAUCAGACACAGGAACAGCAGCAGCGCGAAAGGGUUCCUCUGCUAGCACACCAACGGAAAAGCGAGCUCCUUUCAGACUCUAGAGGAGUGAACGAACCAUUGUACCCCAUAGUCUUCAAUUUCUAACCUAAUCAAAUCCAUAGAAUAUGGUAAUUCAUGUGAAAUACAAGCAUAUUCCUAUGCUGAAAUGAGCAUAGGGAAUUCAGUUUCCUGUUGCCCUGAAGAAUUCUUUGAACUGCAGGCAGUGAAUUGUAAUCAAAUUUACUGCUGUGUAUGAUAUUUUGUGCUGUCUACAUUCUAAUGUUUCAUAUUGUUUUUCCACUGAUUUCUUUCCUUUUUUAUAUAAGGGACCAUACCACAAGCCAUAAUAUUCUUUUGUGAAAAAGACUCAAUCAUAUUUUUCAUUGUAACAAACUGUAACCUAUUCAUUUGUGUGUGUGUGUCGUAUGUGUUAUUUAUCUGAAGUUUGUUCAUUGUACAUGCUCAUCAAUGAAUUUGUUUUGUAAUUAUUAUUAUUAUAGCUUUAGGUAACAUGUAUUCCUUGCCAGGAAAGCCAUUUUUACGUCCAUGUGUAUAGUGUUUCUCACUACUACACAAUCUAUGUACAAUUAACAAAUUGACACUGUUGUGAUUUAUUUGCUCACUGGUGGAGCUCAUUUAAAAGAAAAUACAAUAUUUCUACCUUCAUUAAUUAUGUUUAACAAAUUAAACUAUUCUAAUCAAAUUUACUGACUGAAAAUGAUAAACAGUAUUUUGAUUGUGCGAAUCUUAGAGCAGUUCUCCCCCUCUUGCCUUGAUUGUCUGUUUUAUGGCAAGUUGUAGGAAACGAAGGUUUUGUCUAUGGCUGUCUUGGAAGCAUUGAAAUGGGGGAAGAGUUCCACGGUUCUAGCAGCUGUGCAGUUUUGUAUUGUCACAAAAUAACUUCAUUUAUCUUGAGGUGGCUGGAAGUACUGAAGAAUCAAAGAAAAUGUUUCGAAGAUGACUGAGCUUGUGAAAACUAUUUUACUAAUCAAAAUGUUUCCUAUAACGUGUACAGUUUUUGAAAUAAUUUUGUUAAAAUAUAAAUACAGGUCAUAAAGAGAGCUAGCUUGUUUGCAAGAGAAAGGAAAAGUCUAAAAAAAUUCCUUUUUUAUUUUAAAGCAGUUGUAUUUGCUGUACGAAUUUUUGUAUUCAUUUUUACUGGUACAUCAGUUACUGCAAAAACGCAUUUGUUGCCAUGAAAGCAGUUACUGAAUUAUGUUGUAAAUAUUUUGAUCCUUUCUAGCAGCACAGCUUUAAGGAGUGUGCAUUCUUUUGUACAAAGCUCUAUAUAUUACUUUUGUAAUAAAAAAAAGAAAAAAAACUUUGUCGUCUACAGCGAAUUGUGAAUUAGCACAAAAACUGCUCCUUCAUUUUAUUUAUUUUAAACAUGUAUUUUUUUUAUAAAGUGGUAAAUUCUGUUACCAGUUUAAGAAACAUCGUUCAAUAAUUUAUGUAUCUCUAAUACAUUUGUUGUCAUGUUGACUGAAGGUGUUCUAAUUUAUAGAGACUGUACCAAACAUUUCCUUUUUUUAAAAAAAAAUAAGACACACUGUGUCAGAGAAAAAGACAGUUUGGAA